GCGCACGCUCCGUUCCGCAGCGAGAGCACGCAGAGAGGAACGUGUUGGAGUAUCACCACCGGCGAGGAACACUGGCGAAUUCGUGGAAGUUAACGGCGGUCGCGUCUGGGCCCUCCGUAAAACUGAUAAACGCAUUCAUUCCGGCUGACCGAAUGAGGUUUUAAGGUGAGAGAACGGUGCAACGCAUGUCGGGCGAAGAAUGCGUAAGGAAAGCUUUCUAGAGGGCCCCGAGAUCCUCCUGUUUAAUCCACUAUUCGCGAUAAAGCAUGAAACUUAAAAGCUAGACUCGUGAUAUCCGUCUCGAAGGCGGUGGUCCAACGUGAGUUGACUGGCUUGGAACAUUAGAACCAAAGCAUACUUGUGUUAGGAGGCUAGUAACCAUUCCACCGAGUGUGUUGGCCUGGUGGUUCCGAGCAGGACACUGUUGGCUGUUCCAACUUCCAAUUAGUAUCCCGCGCAUGCGCGAAUUCUCCCUCCUACGAUCACUGUGCGAAUUACCGGAAACAAUCCGGCAACUGAUAGAACUGGUUGCGAGGUAAAGAGAGAGGACCAACCGGUGACAUGAUGCCGCAAGCACGUUGGUGGAACGCUGUUAUCGCGAGCAGUCGGCCUAGGACGUGGGAGCAACUAACUACCUCCGCGGGGCCAGGGACGUCAGGGGGUAGAAUAUUCACACGUCUGACGGCUGUUGAAUCGGUAGUCCACCGGCCGGCUUCUGACAGAACAUUGCGUCGCAGCAUGGCGACCGGUCCACCCGGUAGUAAGGUUCUCACCGAGGACAAUGUCUUCAUCAAUCUUCGGAAAAUGGAAUAUGCGGUGCGCGGUCCUCUCCUUAUACGUGCCCUCGAGAUUGAGAAAGAACUGCAGAAGGGAGCCAAGAAACCGUUCAAGGAGGUGAUAAAAGCGAACGUGGGGGAUGCACACGCCAUGGGGCAACAGCCCAUCACCUUCUUGAGGCAAGUACUGACCUUGACGGUGUCGCCGAACCUUCUCGAUGAUCCUAGCUAUCCCGAGGAUGUGAAGGAACGAGCCAAGACCAUACUGUGCCAGUGUAAAGGAGGCAGCGUUGGCUCGUAUUCUGAAUCGGCAGGAAUCGAGAUCAUCCGGAAACAUGUUGCUCAAUACAUUCAAGAUCGUGAUGGAAUUCCCUCAGAUUACCAUAACAUCAUCCUCUCGAACGGCGCCUCGGAUGGAAUCAAAUCUUUCUUGAAACUGUUCAACGAGAAACUAGAUGGUAAAUCAUCUGGAGUGAUGAUCCCAAUCCCACAGUACCCUUUAUACUCUGCCACUUUGGCUGAAUUUGGCUUGUCUCAAAUUGGUUACUAUCUGAACGAGGACAACAAGUGGGGAUUGGAUAUUUCUGAAUUAGAUAGAGCAUUAAACGAGUCAAGGAGGACGUGUAAUCCUCGCGUGCUAGUCGUAAUAAAUCCUGGUAAUCCAACUGGACAAGUUCUUACACGAACUAAUAUCGAGGACAUCAUUAGAUUUGCGUACAAAAACCGUUUAUUCCUAUUGGCUGAUGAAGUUUAUCAGGAUAAUGUUUAUGAUAAGGACAGUGCUUUCCACUCGUUCAAGAAGGUAAUGAUGGAGAUGGGAGAACCUUACUGUAAAAUGGAGCUGGCUUCCUUCAUGUCUGUGUCUAAAGGUUAUAUGGGAGAAUGUGGAAUCCGCGGCGGGUACGGGGAAAUUAUCAAUAUGGAUCCCAAAGUAAUGGCAAUACUGUUAAAGUCGAUCUCAGCAAUGUUGUGUCCUACUGUUCUUGGUCAAGUAGUUAUGGAUGUUGUGGUGAAUUCUCCAAAACCAAAUGAGCCAUCCUACGAAUUGUUUCAAAAGGAAAAGGAGGAAACCUUACGCUCUUUAGCAGAGAGAUCUCAAUUAGUGGUUGAUACAUUGAAUAGCAUUCCAGGUUUUAAGGUUAAUCCAGCUAUGGGUGCAAUGUAUGUAUUCCCGCGAAUCGAUUUGCCAAAAAGAGCCAUAGAAGCAGCAGAAAAGGAAGGUCAACAGCCUGAUGUCUUUUAUGCCUUCAAACUCUUGGAGUCCACCGGAAUAUGCGUGAUACCAGGUUCCGGUUUUGGACAGCGACCUGGAACAUAUCAUUUCAGGACGACAAUCUUGCCGCAGAAGGAGAAAAUAAUUACAAUGCUCGAGAAUCUGAAACAGUUCCAUAUUAAGUUCCUCGAGGAGUACAAAUAAUGAUACUAUUGGAUUUUCAUGCAUUUUAUUUCAUCCUGGAAGUGUCAGGUUUAUGAUAUAGAGAUCAGUAUUACGUUUCCAUGAAAUUUUCACGAAUUUAUUCGAAAGAAUGGUCAAAUGUACAUUACUUUGCAUUUUGAAGUGAGAAAAUAUUAUAAAGGGUAUUUUUAAAAUUAUAUUAGAUCCGCUAUCGAUCUGGCACAAAAGGGAUUAUAUAUAUGGUUUUAUGUAAAUGUAAUAUCAUAUGGUCGGAUGUCACAAUUGAUCGAAUACUUGUAAAUAUAGUGUGAAU